GCUAGCUCUUCCAACCUGACGCUAACAAUGUUUUUAAUCCCGGCACCCCUGAAUAAUGCUACCAAUGCUAUAUCCCGAUACAUCGUAGCGCAUACCGUCGACGGCCGCAUUAAGGGGCCGUUCUUGUUACAUGCUGACUUAUAAAAAGGAAGUUUGUGCCCUUCGCGAUGCGCCGAUCUUCUUGAUCUACCCACGCGAGUCAAAAGACGACGAUCAAUAGAUACCCGAGUCAUUCAUUCAUUCAUUCAUUCGUUCAUUAACUUCGAUCCGUUCGUUUAUAAGGUCGACUAAACAUUUUCCAACUAACAACACAUUCUUUUUUUCGAGAAGACCGACAUUUACACAUACAACAUGUAUACUAAUAACGCCAUCAUCCUCGCGGCUCUUGCCGCUUGCGCCUCCGCUCAAAUCCCGAACCUGAUGCCGCGCCAGACCUUGACUAACCCCGACCCGGAAGAGACCGAAUCCUCGCCGGAAUGUAUUUCUCGCGUCCAGUCUUGGUCCAGCGCUUUUCCCACCCCAGCUCCGGCUUUAGAGAGCGCGAUGGAGAGCGCCACGGUGAAAGGCGGCAUGGCUGAGUCAGGUCUGCCGGGCUUGUGCCAAUACGGCUCGGCCCUUGGCAAGGACCAAGGCUCUGCGUACACUUCUUACUGCCUCGACAUGUACUCGUAUCUAUCUUCGCAGUCUUCCAACCUAGUCGCUCUGGCUACUACCUGCUCCGACGACAUGGGUGCGCCCCCGGAGGUUAUCACCAGCCAGCUUGACGAACUCCUCGGCGUAUACUCCCAGUUCUCGGCAGGCGGCUGCAAAGCUGUCUCCGCGACGACUACCGCGGACUCCUCCAGCGGCACAGCUGCUUCCUCCUCCUCCUCCUCCUCUUCCUCCGGCUUUUCUGCUGCCACGACAAGUGCUAGCGGUUCUGCGACGACUACCGCAUCCACUACUGCAUCCACUACUGGUGGCUCUGAAUCCUCAGCAGUAGCUGCGGCAAGCAGUUCGGCUGCAUCGGCGAUACCUACUGGUAACGCCAGCCCGAGGGAGACCGGAAUGUUUGCUGCGGCUGCCCUGGCUGCCGGUCUCAUCGGCGCUGCUGUGGCCCUAUAAAGUUCUCGGUUACCCAUACUGUAGAAAUUAAUAUGAUGAUGAAAAUUUAGCGUCUCACCCUGUAGGAUUGAUUCUAUUUCUCUGGAUGUGUUUUGCGUUCCCGGUUACGCGCUUUAAGUUGCAGUUUAUCCUCAUACCCUCUGUCUACUUCAUAUAUAAGCGUAUAGAUCCUACCUGGCAAGCCUACUAGAGGCAUGGGCCCAAUAGGCUAUCGUAGAACCAAUAUAAUAGUAUAUCUGGAG